CUGCUAGAAGCUCACAGAGUUCCAAACACUGUCUCCUCCCUGUGUGUUGUGACUGCAGGAGUCCAUCCUCCUCCUCCUCCGUUCCAGGGAUCACUGGCUGGUGGAAAAAAAACCCUGCUACCUGAUAGCUGUCUGAUGCCCUCUGUGUACCACUUCACUUGCCCUCUGCGGGGGGUGGGGGAGUGAGAACACCCGCCCAUCAAGGAAGGAGCUCUGUCUGACAGCAGCAGGAUGUGUGGGUAAACAAAUGGCGAAAUGAGGGCUCACUGCUGGCAAGCUGUGUGUGAAACUCCCAAUAGAGAACAGAAAGAGAGAGCUACAAUUCUGGGCACAGAUUCUAUGAGGAGUCCUGCUUCCCAGCAGCACACACUGUGUCAGAACCAAGCAUCAAACCCUCAACAAAUGCAAGAGCCUCUGUGUCCUUCGGAUACCCAGCAGAAGGGUAACCAGGACUGGAUGUCCAAUCUCCCUGCGAGUUUGUGGGAUGUUCCGCUCUACAACUUGUCAAUUCCAGGGAGCCAUGAUACAAUGAGUUACUGUUUGGACAAAACCUCACCAAUAAGCCCGGAAGCACCAAAAGUAGCCUUCCUAUUGGAUCAGUAUGUGCCCAGCAUCGUCCGAAACUUUAUUUACAAAUGGAGCAGAACACAGUAUCUAAGCAUUAAAGAGCAGCUAGAUUCUGGUAUUAGAUACAUGGACCUUCGAAUAGCCAUCCGGCCUGAUGACCCAUCUCAGAAUUUCUACUUUGUUCAUGGGCUUUACACAUCUGUCACUGUAGAGGUAAUCUUACAAGAUAUCUUAAGAUGGUUACAGAUUCAUCCGAAAGAGGUGCUUCUUCUAUCCUGUCGUGACCUUAUUGGAAUACCUCCUAUACUUUACACCCAUUUCAUUCGCACUAUCCACAAAAUACUUGGUCCCAAGCUGUGCCCCAAAAAUGAAACUCCAACUCUGAGGAAAAUGUGGAAACAGGGCUACCAAGUUAUUGUCUGCGAUGGCAGUAUUUUACAAAUGGUAGAUGAAUAUCUGUGGCCUCCCAUUCCAUAUUUGUGGGCCAACACAACUAGCACUCGUUUCUUAAUACACUUCCUGGAGAAGGAAAAACAGAACGGCCGACCAGCUGGAUUCUUUACUGCUGGCCUCAACCUGACUGAGGACUCAUUGUACAUCUUACGUCACCCCUUUGGAUCAAUCAGAAAACUGACUCUUCCAAAACUUCCAUUUCUUUACAAAUGGGUGCAGAAUCAACACGCAGGACCUCAGAAGGAUGCAAUUAACAUAAUUGCAGAAGACUUAAUUGGGGCAGAUAGUUUUGUGUCUGCAGUUAUUAAUCUCAAUAGAAAGCUGCUUGCUGAUCCCUGAGUAUAUAAACAGGUUGCAUUAAUCAACAUAACAAGAAUGCACUUGACAUUUUCAAUGAGGCACUCAGGUAAAGAGUUUGUGAAGAUGUACAUUUCUGGGAACCUAAUUGAUGCUCAUCAUUCAGGAAUGCUGAUAUAAAACAUAAAAAGAAAAUCAAACAAACCACAAUGUCAUCACCAAAACAAUGCAAUUGUUCCACAACAGGGACAAUUAAAUAAUCAACCAGUCCCAUGGCAAACUCUACUUAAAACACAUUGUCUACAAAGACUUUAUUUCUGUACAGAUAUUACAGGAAAAUGUAUUGUUCUCUUUGCAAUAAUCGACAUCAUUAUUAGUUCUUUUCUAUGUGUCACUACAAUGAAAACACUUGCUGGUUAUAAAUGAACACUGCUGGGAAUUAUACCUAGAAACUAGAAUGUGGAUAUUAUAAUUAGCAUUUAAAUGGCGCCAACAUAUUACGCAGCUCUUUACAGUUAUACAGAGGGGAUAUAAAAUAAGAAGUAUUGACGUAUAAUAAGAAAAACAAGCUGUGAACUUACAAUCCUACACAUUCCAUGGUGCUAGUGGUGUUGUAAUAUAUUUUGCUGCUAUGGAGCCUGUUAUACACUUACCUGCUGCUGCGGCACCUUCAUUCCCCUGGUUAUAAUUGCUCCUUCCAUUUAUACACAGAAUUGGCCUAUGUGAGGACAUUACCCAAGCAGAGGAACCUUCCCUCAUGAUGCCUUAGACACAACUGGGUAAUCCCUAAAUCCUGGACUGUUAGGGGGUACUUGAGGACUGGGUUGGGAACCACUGGUCUAGAGGAUGCCUGUCUGUAGAGCUUGUCUUUAUCAGCAUUUAUGGAUGUACAGUAGUUCUUCUAUGUGACCUUGAAAUGUGGUGGUGAUGCACUGAAGAGCAUGAAGUAUGAAAUAUUAACUACUGCUUCAAACCUGAGAUUGGAACUUACACAAGUACAGUGUGUUCCGUAAUAUAAUAUGAAUGCGUGCUAUGUUAAAGAGAGACACUAAACAGUAUUGGUGGAUAGACCAUGCUCUUGCAGCAAACUGCUCAAUUAUCUGCCAUUUAGUGUAUGUUCCACCAUAAUUUAAGGGUUUCUCUUUUAAUGCACCAAUACAUAUAUAUUUUUGAAGGACAGACAUUGCUUUCUUUUAAUAUUCUAUAUGUAUGCCUAAUACAACAUUAACACUUUUUUUUCACAGUUUGUCUUGAAACUUUUAUAUAUCAAGUCAACUAGAGAUGUCUAACUCCUGAUCGUCACAUAUCAGUUCUUGAAAACUUAGGUCAAAACGCGUUGUGUUUGUGCUCAUGUGGAUGGUGUUAAACUUACAUGUAAGAUUUUACUUUAUUUUGAAUAAAAUUGUUAUACUU